AGGAAUAUCCCCUCAAAUGUCUCCAUAUAACAUCCUGGAAUUGUAUAGAAUUAAAUGUUUAUUCACAAUACAGGUUCCUAUAAGGUGUCAGGACGUGGCGGUCUAUUUCUCCAUGGAGGAGUGGGAGUAUGUAGAAGGACACAAGGAUCAGUACAAGGAUCAGGUCAUGAUGGAGGAUCAGCAGCCCCUCACAUCACCAGUCAGAUCCAGUAAGAGAACAGCACCAGAGAGGUGUCCCCGUCCUCUUCUUCCACAGGAUGAUCAGGGUGAAGAUCCGAACAAUAUUAAAGCUACAGAGACAGAUGUGAGCGGCGAUGAGCAGGAUAAGGAGAACUUUCCUACGGAGAAAGAUCUGAUCUAUAUUAAUGCUACAGACAUAAAGGAAGAAGAAGAGACAGAUGUGAGCAGUGAUGAGCAGUAUAAGGACAUUCCUACAGGGGAAGAUCUGAUCUAUAUUAAUGCUCCAGAGACAGAUAUGAGCGGUUAUGAGCAGUAUAGGGAGGACAUUCCUACAGGGAAAGAUCUGAUCUAUAUUAAUGCUACAGACAUAAAGGAAGAACAAGAGACAGACGUAAACAUUGAUGAGCAGUAUAAGGAGGACAUUCCUAUAGGGAAAGAUCUGAGCUAUAUUAAUGCAACGGACAUAAAGGAAAAACAAGAGACGGAUGUGAGCAGUGAUGAGCAGUAUAAGGAGGACAUUCCUACAGGGAAAGAUCUGAUCUAUAUUAAUGCUACAGAUAUAAAGAAAGAAGAAGAAGAGACAGAUGUGAGCGGUGAUGAGCAGUAUAAGGAGGACAUUCCUACAGAUAACUGCACUGUCAGCAGGAUUUCCAUGUAGACGACUAGAGGAAUAAUUUGGGAUAUUUCCCAGCACUUCUGUAUUGCUGGGGGCUCUGAACCGCCUCGGCUGUCGUCUGAUUUGUGCCCUAUGGAUUGUUCAUUGCUGCUGGAUGGGAGUGUGAUGGGGUCCAGGAGUGGGGUGUAUGUGACCUGAAGACCCUAUAUUAUGUCUACAUUAACUAUUUAUUAUCCGGAGGACGGGGAGAAGGUUCCAUGAUGUCACAUGCUGCACUUAUAAUGUUCUACUAAAAAGACUAUAAAUAUGGGCACAGUUAUUAAUAAAAUCUGUGUU